AUGCCGCAAUCCGAGCAUCACCACCACCCAAGGGCCAAACUGAAGGUCUGGAUCAGAGGACUACCUCCAGCGAUGACAGAAGAAGAGUUCAAGGAGCUUCUUGAGAGCAUAACUCCUCCCAACAACAAGAGCAUCGAUUGGCAAAGGCUCGUGCCUGCCAACAAGCGGGUGCCGACCACCACAGCCUAUCUUCACUUCUCAAACGAAGAAGCGUUGUUCGGCCUAUUUUCAAAGCUGGAUGGCCACAAAUUCAUCGAUGCGAAGGGGAGGGAGUACCGGGCCUUGAUUGAGUAUGCGCCAUAUCAGAAGAUCCCCAGGAAGAAAGUCAUCGACAAGAGAGAGGGAACGAUCGAAAAGGAUGCUGACUUUAUAGCCUUCCAAGAGAAGCUCGAGAGCGAACUUAACAUGAAGGUGGAGUCAGCUGAGGCAUGGCUGGAGCGCAGGGAGCAGGAGGCACAGGCUGCAAAGGAUCGUCUCAAGGCUCUGCUGUCUGCGGAAGGAGAGAACGGGGUUGUAGUCCACGAGGUUGUGCACACUCCUCUGCUCGACUACCUCCGAGAGAAGAAAGAAAGAGACCAGCGCGAUCGCUCCAAGAAGCGAGACGAGGAGCGCAGGAGGAAGGCAGACGAGGAGCGGCAACGGAGGAUGGGGCGAUCGUCUGACAGGAAGCGACGGGGUGAGGCCAUCAAGGGCAAGGUCCUGCUCCUGGAGUCCGGCAAGGAGGACAAGAGCCGUCAGACCUGGUGCAAGGGCAGCCUGUGGCGGCUGGAAAGUCCAGGAGCGGCCAGACUCCCCGGCAAUCUCACCCGUCCGAAGGGCAAGGAGAAGCAGCUGCUCCAAACAGCGCGAGACCCGUCAAGGUUCCCGGGGAAGGAGGCAAGCCGAAGGGAGGGCAGGAGGGAGGCCCGCCACGUGGACGAGGACGAGGAAAGUCGGCAAAUGCGCAAGGAAACCCAGGCAACCAGGCAGAAGGAGGAGGACGAGGCCGUGGAGGGCACGCGGCGAGGGGGGCAGGAGGAAGACCGCAGGGUGUGUAUCGGCCGCGGUCUAUGA